UCGUCAUCGGGGUCACGUCGUUGAUGGUGAAUCGUUUUUACGCAAAGGAAUUAAUGUUAUUUCGUCUUAUUUUGUGCAAUAAGUACGUGUGAACGGGUGAAUUUUGCCUUAUAAGCGGCUCUGCCAUUAAAUAAUCGUGAAACGUACCAGCGCUGUCGUGCUUUUCGUGUAGCAAACGGAACUCCACGGGAAAAGGCGUUUCACGUUAUUGCUUGGUGAAAAAAAUUGUGGAUUAAGUGUAGACAGUGGAAAAAAGGGGAGUGCGUGCGAAGUGCAGACAGGUUCCGAGCUGGUAGAAAAGAAAAACAAUUUUUAAGCGUUUUUGUUCAACCGAAGAAACUGCUUCGGACCACUGACUAACGGCAGAACAUCAUUGCAGCAGGUUCAAUACUGAAAACAACUGCACAAGCGUAAGAGGAGAACGUUAUAGCGAUUUUUAGCAAAGCAGGAGCACAGAGCAUCGUCGUCCUAGUUUCCUUUCCCGCAAGCAACCAACAACGGCUAGUGCUAAAAGCCUAGCACUUUUCACACAGAGGAAAUCGUUCUCUUAGGUUAGGAUAUUUUAGCUUCGCUAAAGCAAACUAACUUUCCAACGGGGCAUUCAGAAGUGAGCAAAACAAGCAGGACGUAUUAAUUCGGUAUAUAUCGAGAGUAGUUAAUCAACCAAGCAUGGGGAACGUAUUCGCAAACCUGUUCAAAGGACUGUUCGGCAAAAAGGAAAUGAGAAUACUUAUGGUCGGAUUGGAUGCCGCUGGUAAAACCACAAUCCUGUAUAAACUUAAAUUAGGAGAAAUUGUUACAACGAUUCCUACCAUUGGUUUCAACGUUGAGACUGUAGAAUACAAAAACAUUAGCUUCACAGUGUGGGAUGUGGGCGGUCAGGAUAAGAUCAGACCGCUGUGGAGGCAUUAUUUCCAGAAUACACAGGGACUCAUCUUCGUCGUGGACAGCAACGACAGAGAGCGUAUCGGUGAGGCUCGGGAAGAACUGAUGCGAAUGCUGGCGGAGGAUGAACUUAGAGAUGCCGUUCUACUUAUAUUCGCUAACAAACAGGAUUUACCAAAUGCAAUGAACGCCGCAGAGAUCACCGACAAGCUGGGCCUGCAUUCGCUGAGAAACCGCAACUGGUACAUCCAGGCGACCUGUGCAACAAGCGGCGAUGGUCUGUACGAGGGUCUCGACUGGUUGUCCAAUCAGCUGAAGAAUGCUAAUCGUUAAGGAAGCGGAAGAGGGGCAAAUAAUUAUUAGAAAACAAAACAGCAAGCAGAAGAAGAAGCAGAAGAAGA